AUGUACAGGUCUCAGCUCCCCAUUCUUCUCCUCCUUGUCGCCUCCGGAUUGCUCUUCUGCAAUUUCAUCGCCUCACGUCACUCGUCAAGGAUACCUGAGUCCUUGCGCAUGCUUCCGGAGGAGCCUGGCGCCCUGUCACGCUCGCACCACCCCCUCUCCUGCGCCGCGGCCGCCGCUGCCCAGCACCACAAUAAGCCGCUCUACGUCUUCCUUCAUCUCCAUAAGACAGGUGGAAAUAGCCUCAAGACGUCUCUAUUCUCAUUUGCGAAGCGGAACGGGCUGGGGCUACACCAUACUUGUCAUGCCACGUCAGGAGAUGGGCUGCUGUCCGCCUGGUGGUUCCAUCGGACUAAGCGCAUGGGCAAGGGGCUCGACUGUAAUCUGGACGUACUGGCAGCCCUACCAUCGCACAAGAGAGCUGAGAUUGACCUUGUGAUGGGGCACCAGUUUGUCGGGGCGCACUCGCUGUUUCCAGACCGCGAUGUUAGAUACUUUACGUUCGUGCGGCAUCCCCUUGCCCGAAAGGUCAGUCACUUUAUCCAUUUUGAGCGCGGCAAGCCUGGGAAGCGUAGCAUGACGCGGUACUUGGUGGAGCGCAACCGCAACUACAUGACCAAGCGUUUGGCGACAGACGUGCGGGCCGGGGAGCUGGCAACGGACUUGCGCGCCCGGUUUGUGGAUUUGGAUAGCUUUGCGGCGCGCGCAGCGCUGAGGGCUGCGAAGCAUAACUUGAUAGACCGCUUCUUCUUUGUCGGGUUGCAGGAGAGGUAUGCAGAGAGCGUGUGUGUGCUAGCGAGAAUUCUUAACGCCGCAUGUGGGAGAGAGAGGAAAUUGGCGAGGGAGUUUGCCAUGCGACCAGAGAAGGUGGUUAGGAAUAGGGAAAAUGAAAGGGGGGAGACCAAGCAGAAGAUUGAGGCGAUGAGCGAAACUGUGAAAGGUGCCGUGCUAAGGGCGGAGAGUGCAGAUGUUGAGCUGUAUCAGUUUGCGGAGAGGCUCUUCGAAAACAAGUUGCGCAAGUAUCCCGAGUGUAGGGGGGCAUACACGGAGACAAAGACGAGGCGUGGGUAA